AAGCCAAAGACUUCAAGAUGCUGAGGACUUUACUGCAUAAAAUUUCUCAGAAAAAGUCAUCUGACAUUAAUGACAUUGCUCAGAGUCAUCUUGCAAGAAUACUGAAUCUCUUUGAUCUUGUUGGCAUUGGUGUUGGCACAGGACUUGGACUUGGGGUAUAUGUCAUUCCAGGAACAGUCUCAAGGUAUUAUGCUGGUCCUGGAGUACUAACUUCUUUCAGUAUAGCUGCAGUUGCAUCUGUAAUUGCUGGUCUGUGUUAUGCAGAACUGUCUGCUAGAUUUCCUCGUGCUGGAUGUGCUUAUAUCUACAGUUUUGUUACUAUUGGUGAGCUAGUAGCAUUUAUUGUAGGAUGGACUCUCAUAAUGGUUUAUGUAUUAGGAACUGCAAGUAUAGCUAGAAGUCUUGCUGGACAUAUUGACUUCAUAGCAAACAACAGCAUGUCAGCUACUUUGAAAGAUGAACUGCCUAUAACUGCUGAAUUUCUAUCCAGCUAUCCAGACUUUUUGGCAUUUGGAAUAACACUACUGCUCUCAUUGGUAUAUUCUCAAAAACCUGAAAAUGGUGGAAGUACGGUAACACCACUGUACGAGGAAGGAGACAAAUUUGAAGCUGCAAACUAUAGACCUGUAUCAGUAUUCAUAGGCUUUGGCAAGAUUCUUGAAAAACUGUUUCUUAGCAGACUAACAGCCGUGCUAAUUAAGAAAAUGAUAGUAUGUGAUUCACAACAUGGAUUCAGAACUGACAAAUCAACACAGUUAACUAUUUUUCCCUUUCUAGAUGAAACUGUAACUGCAGUGGAUGAAGGAAGACCUUCAUUAUUUUCACUUUUUCUUACGGUGGUGAAAUUCCUUGAUGCUACACACAAUAACCCAAGAAUGAGCUCUUUUUCUCUCCAAAAAUGGAUCCCAAGUUCAAUCUUUCUUUGGAAGGAGGUGGAGAGGAGUAGACCAGGAGCUUUUAAAAAGACAACAUAUGCCAAGACUGAUCAUCUCCCAAAUUCAAGUCUUGCUUGUGCUAAUUAUUUUGGUUAUCAGUGUCAGUUUAUGCGUGCCUUGGAGGUCCUGUUGUUCACACAGAAUGUUUCUGUGCAAGCUGCAGUGAUUUCAAUCUGCUUCUUGAUCAUGUCUCAGUUAGUAAUUUCUAAAAAUGGAUCAUUAGUUCCAAAAGUCACCUUUAUAGAUGGGAAAAUUUUUAAGUCUGUAUAUGGAGAAGUUGAUAAUGGUUUGCACAUGAAAUGUGAAAUCAGCUUAGCAACUUCACUAUCAAGUGACCCCAAAAUUGAAAUUGAAAUAAUGGUUGGAGUCAUUCUGGGAAAUUACCAGGAACUGAUAAACAGAGAUAAACAAGAGACACAUUACUCCAAUGUUCCCCCUCCCUGCACAUGCACACAAAGGUGUUUCCAUCCACAAAAAACCAUAGAGGAAUUGAUUGUUCUUGCAUUUUGUGUGAAGAUAUUCUCGUCCAUAAUGAACAUCACCGCUGCAAUCAAUUUUGCAGUUUUAUUAUUUAUCAUCAUAGCAGGUAGCCUGCAAGCUGAUAUAAAUAAUUGGCAAAUACAAGAAAACCAAGUACCUGAAGGUACUGAGGGAGGAAAGGGUGGUUUCAUGCCUUUUGGAAUUUUGGGGAUACUCAAAGGAGCAGCAAUAUAUUUUCAAGCCUUUAUUGGAUUUGACAGUGUUGCUUCAACAGGGGAAGAAGUCACAAAUCCACAACGUAACAUUCCCAUGGCUAGUAUGAUAUCUUUGAUGACUGUCUUCUGUGGUUAUUUUGGAGUGUCAGGUGUGAUAACUUUGAUGCUUCCAUACUAUUAUCAGGAUGCAGAUGUGCCAAUAUUAUAUGCAUUUCAGAAAACUAGUUGGGGUUGGGCUCAAUGGAUUGUAAGCAUUGGUGCUAUUUCCAGCCUCAGUACAAGUUUCCUUGGUGGAAUGUUUUCACUCUCACGGUUACUUUAUGCUAUGUCUUCAGAUGACCUCUUAUUUAAGUUCAUGGGAAAAGUGCACCCUAGGUUCAGAACACCAUUCAUUGGUACACUUUGUGCUGGUGUUUUAACUGGUCUUAUGGCACUCAUCUUUGAUGUGGAUGAACUUAUUGACAUGAUGUCAGUAGGAGCACUUGUGGCAUACUCUGUAGCUGCCGCUUGUGUGCUACUUUUAAGGUAUGCAAAAGAUGCUGAUAACUACACAGAAACAGAACAUGCAGAUGAUCACUUUCAUAUCAAAGACAUUGUGAAACAAAUUAUGAACACUGAAAAGUUGAAAAAGCCAACAAAAUUGUCUACAUUUAUUGUGACAUCUGAAAUUAUUCUAUACAUUGUUUUGUGUGUACUAGUAUCACAACUUGUUAUUCAGGCAAGAUCAUCUAUUGGAGCAGCUGAUCCACUAGCAAUAACUGGUUUAGUAAUCCUGUUAUUGUGUAUGAUAUGCAUAAUGGUUUCCAUUGGAAUUCAGCCUACUUCACAGGCUACAGUAACCUACAAGGUUCCAUUUGUACCCUUAUUUCCAGCUAUUGGUAUCCUCAUUAAUAUAUUUUUGAUGAUGAUGCUGGAUGGAGUGACAUGGAUAAAAUGUGGAGCAUGGACCCUUAAAGGAUUAGUUAUCUACAUUGUGUUUGGGUUUUGCUGCCAUUAUAAAAAAUGGAAGAGUACUUCAAACACUUCACCAAGAAUGAGUCGGAAUAGUGUGGUGGUACAGAAGACAUCAAGUAGAUGGUGACUGCCGUCACCACUAUGACUGGA